CUUUCUCCUCACUCCUAUAAAAGCCAGCCUCUACCUCCAUUCCUCAACUCUCCUUUUUCUUUCAGAUCGGAGAGAGCUUCUCCCUUAUGUCACGUUACGACUUCAGUGCUUCUGGAGUGAAACUGAAACCGAGAAUGCAAAACGACGUCGCCUACUCCACCGCCUCAGCUCGCAUCGGAACCUCCGCAAUGUCAUCAUCGCAGCCUCAACCGUACGGCGGUGUUUACAGCUCCGUCUACUCCUCCUCGAUCUUCGGUCCAAAGCCUUCUUCAGUCGCACCUUACGGCGUCCAAUCAAACUCCGACACGUCGCAGGCCUACCGCAACAAACUCUACCAGUCUCUGCUGGUCCAAAACCGGCAGGAGAUGGUCAACCGCCACAGCCUCUGCCUGAAGCGCCUCCACGAGGCGGCGGAGGAAGCCGACGCUCUCCGCCGUGAGAACAGCCACCUCCGCAACGUCAACGUCGAGCUGAACAAGCAACUCAGUCUCCUCAUCCACGCCUCCAUCCAGAAAGAGAUCGAAGCUUCUUCAAGCUCUGUGCAGAGGUCGCCGUUUGGGAUCGUCAACGGAAUUCGCGGCCUGUCAAUUGACAGCAAGUCGUCGGCUCAAGAGGAAGAGGAAGAGGAAUUGAGCGAUCAGAGUCCGACGAGUGAAGAGGCCGAGAAUGUUGAUGUGGAGAGGAUUUCGCUGCCGAAGAGCAUAUCGGUGAGGUCCAACGGCUACGUGAAGCUUCCUCCUGUGACUGCUGCUACCAACGCCGCCGCUCGGACUCGGACCGCGGCCAGAUCUCGAAUCGCCAAGGAAAUCAGUGCUUCACAAAAGGUGUACGUUCAAGGAGGGAAGAAAGAGGAGGUGCCACUUGAACUGGAGGUGUUCAACCAGGGAAUGUUCAAGACUGAACUCUGCAACAAAUGGCAGGAGUCUGGUGACUGCCCCUACAAAGACCACUGCCAAUUUGCUCACGGCGUGGAGGAGCUGCGCCCGGUGAUUCGCCACCCGCGCUACAAGACCGAGGUCUGCAGAAUGGUGCUAGCCGGUGAUGUCUGUCCAUAUGGCCAUCGCUGCCAUUUUCGCCACGCGCUCACUGAGGAGGAGAAGGAGCUUGCUGGUGGCAACAAUACGCCCAGCAGGCCAAUCAGGUAAAAUAUGAUGGAAGACAGUAAGUAAUAAGGGAGAGAGCUGGGGUGGAGAACAGUAGUGAUGUUUAUAUUACAUGCCUUCAGUAUAUAAUGCCUCGUUAUACGGUAACUAUAAAUAUGGAAAUGCAUCAGAUAGUGAGAAUAAUUAGUAUACGGCAAAAGUCCAGAAGAUGGAGAAGAGAUGUGGUUUUCAGAGAUAGAGAUGCGCUUUCUUGCUUCUUUUGUAUGUGAUGGUUUUUCAUAGGUAGAUGAGAUGUUUGGUGAUGGCAAACCAAGCUACCAACCAAGAAGAAACUCUCUUUGGUUGAUCCAUGUUAAUAUGUUUUCUGUUUGGACUUGUUUUUCAAAGCUAUUCAUCUCACUCUCAUUUUGGUUUCAAUUUCUCCCUGAUGGGCUUUG